GCCACGAGCAGAGGCAGACCAGCGGAGCAGACAGGACCCGGGCUGAGGCAGCAUCAUCAGCAGCAUCCGCACCAGCAGCAGCGCCGCCACAAAGGGAGCUCAGUGCUGGUUGACGCUCGACUCUCCGCUCCUCUUCUCCAGGGUUUCAGAUGCUCCGGCUCGGCGAAAAGAUGUGCGGCUUCUCGGCCCUACUCUCGUUGCUUCUUGCCGGGCUCGCUGCGGCGUCUUCGGAUCUGUUUGACAACCAACUGGGCGACAUCAAUUACUGCAAAAAACAAUGCCAGCUCACCAUCAAAAACAAAAGCCCUGCUAAAGACUCCAUAAUGAACGCCUGUCACCGCGGCUGUCGUCUCUACUCCAUCUGCCAGUUUGUCAAUGGCAACGCCGGCUUCAACACCAGCAGGGAGGAGUGUCAGGGAGCCUGCCAGGAGGCAUAUAUUAAGCUGCUGGAGCAGGAGGCCUGCUGCACCGGCUGUGCCAGCCAACCCUCUGAACCUGAGAUCAAGAGGAGGAAGCUCAGGGCCAUGACUCUCCGCCCUAAGCCCCCCUCUGUGAUGGAGGCCGUGUCCAGUUGGUGCAACGACAUCGUCAGCUCUGCCCAGAGCUUCAUCUCCUCCACCUGGACUUUCUACCUGCAGGCUGAUGAUGGAAAAGUUGUGGUUUUUCAGAGCCAGCCAGAGAUGGAGUACUCUCUGCCCGAGCUACAGGCUCCUCGAUCCAACGUGGCGGACAAACCCUGGCCUCAGGUCCACUCUCACACCCAGAGACCCCAUGGUGUGAGGGGACAUGGCGAGAGGGGAGCAUCCAAAGCUGGAGGCAAAGGGAAGCACCCUGUCCAGCACACAGACGACCCCACAGCUGAGCACGACUUCCUCGGCUGCAUGUCACGACGUUCAGGCCUUCCGCGGUGGAUUUUAGCGGCCUGUCUCUUCCUGUCCAUCAUGGUCAUGUUGUGGCUCAGCUGUGCCAGCCUCGUCACCGCACCAGAGCAGCACAUCAAGACGCAGCUGAGCAUCAAUGGAGAUAAAGAGUUUCUGGAUAAUGCCCACAAAGUAAACCCGUAUCACCUGAGUCCUGUGAUCGCUGUCGCCAUAAAACAAUCGGAGGAGAGCCAGGAGGCGGGGCCGCUGCCGGUGAAAGUUGACCUGAACAAAACCUGCAUUUAGAAAAGGACCAAUGGGAGAGCUGCUGUCUUGUUUCCCAGGGUAACCAUGUCUAAAAUACGUGGCCCAUCAGUGCAAGGGGUGAAACAAACACAUCACGGGACUCAACCGGUCACCAGAAUUUUUAAAAAAAAAACAUAUUUUUAAGAGCAUGGCACCCGCUCCCAUCAUUUAAAAUUAUGAUACUAAAACAUCUAGCUUGGUCUUGUUGGUCUGAUGGCAUUUCAUUUCCUUGUACAGCCCAGAUUUCAUCAAGUCCAUUCUCAGAUUAUCCUUAAUGAUCAGCCUGUCCAUUGCUUAUUGAUAAGUCAGUGAGAGCCACGCUGGAGACAAGCAGGGAGGAUGGAUUGCAGCUGAGAGCUUUCAUAGCAUUUUUAAUGUCUAGCGUGGACGAGAGAAGACAAAUGCUGAUAUUCAUUCUAGAUUUAAUUUUGCCUCGUUCUCACAGAGUUUGGAUUAAUUGAUGGGUUGCUGAGAGUGAGAGAGGAAAGGAAGAUGUAUGGAGAGAGCACUCUUGUGAGCGCUGCAGCAAUUAUUAGAAAUGUAAAAUCAUGUUUUCCCCUUCGCAAACACAUAAAACAAUUUGCAGGUGAGGUACACAUUCUCACCACGAUCAGAGAAACAAAGGCACACGUACUCCAAAAACUAAAAGAGUGGCUUUUAUCAACUUAUUCCUCUGUGUGUUUGUGUAAGUUUGGAUAUUUCUGUGUGUGUGUGUGUGUGUGUGUGUGUGUGUGUGUGUGUGUGUGUGUGUGUGUGUGUGUGUGUGUGUGUGUGUGUGUGUGCUUGUACAUCUACAACAGCACACAAAUACUGAAAAACUGGUAGAUUCAAAACUGGAACUGGAUUGAAAACUGAACACUCUGUCUGAGAAUGAGCUAAAUAAACACUUUAUUUUCUACUCUAUUCAGAAUCAUCAACAUCUGUUAAAGUGUUAUUAAAGUGCCAUGUACAGUUAAUUAAUCAUGCAACUGCAAUUGAUCUGUAUGUAAAAUACAUUGCAACACAGAUUGGAAAUAGACACAUAGGGAGAAUGCACCUAUUACUGUAUUAUUAUUAUUAUUAUUAAUAUCAUUAUAUUAUUGCUCUUAUAUCACUCCAAGAGUUCUUAGCUGUUCUAUGUGCCAUGUGCUUUCUAAUAGCUGACUAUUUUGUAUGUCCUAGGAGCACACACUGAAGGAUAACCUCUGUAACAAUGUGUAAUGCAAAGCUUUUAACAUAGACCGUUGUUAUUGGACAGAGUUGCAGUCUUAGAGAAGAUUUUCUGUUUCCCUCUCAGUGCUUUUGAUGUCCUGUAACGCUCUUUUUUUCAUCCAGGCAAUAUAGACAAUAACCCGUGCAUGCAAGUGACGCUUUGAUAGUUUAGCUUAACCGCCCGCCAUGCCCGUAUGGCAAAACUCUACUGUAGACUUGUGAUUUUUUGUGUUACUAUUUACUGUAAACAUUGAAUAGAAUGUGUAAUAAUGAUGAAAGACGAUAUCCUCGUGAUUUACAGGAAGGACUCUUAAUUUAAAAGCCAUUCAAUCGAUAUCUGCGCUGGUUCAAACUGAAGGUAUAUCACAAGGAGUAUUAUAUGAAUUUCAAACUGUAUUGUUUCCUUUUUACUGGUCUUUUUAUUUUCAAUGAAAUGAUACUUACAACAUGAAGAAAUAAAGUGUUUUCAUUGUAAAUAAA